AUGUCGACGCAAUCUGCUAAGGCCAUUGCGGCCGACGGUGUUGAUCUCAAGUGGCUCGACGGGAAGGCGCCCAGUACCACGAUAUCGGGUGCUGCGUUUGGUGUUCCGUGGCCGCAGGGCGCAGUCGAUAGGACUACAUCCAUUGCGCUCACGUCCUCAGAUGGCAAGGGGGUUCCUGUGCAAACCUGGCCUUUAGCAUACUGGCCGGACGGAAGUCUGAAGUGGACGGGACACGCUUUGGCCGCGAGCGAAGGCUUGUCAGACGGGUAUUAUCUCGCACCUGCCACGCCCACAGAGCCUUCUGCACCUGUGGAUGUCACCGACUCUAAUGGAAAAAUCACUGUGACGACCGGGUCAUUCUCUGCGGUUUUCAACAAGUCGGGAUCUACUUUGAUCGACAAUUUGAGCCUGAAUGGCCAAACAAAAGCCAGCGCAGGGCAACUCAUCAUACACAUCCAGAGUGCUCCCGACGAGCCUGAGCUUGCUGGCUCGAAACCUUCCGUACUAGCGACUGUUGGAAACAUCCAAUCUGUUACCGUAGAGCAGGAUGGGCCCGUCCGCGCAGUUAUCAAGGUGCUCAUCCAAGUCGAUCAAAGUACUUUUCCCCUCGAAGCUUAUCAUCUUUGCAAGGUCUCUGGCAAUUAUCAAGGCGACGGUCACGAGUCGUUCUUGCCUUUCACUGUCCGAUUUUACGUUUCCGCAGGGUCUACCGCGAUUCGGAUUGUCCAUUUCUUCAUCUACGACGGCGACCAGUUUAGCGACUUCAUAAAAGGAAUUGGCCUGACAUUCUCUGCACCUCUGACUGACGAGUUGUACAACCGGCACGUUCGCUUUGUCACUUCAGAGGGCGGAAUCUGGGGCGAAGCUGUACGUGGGCUGUCAGGACUACGUCGCGACGCCACCGCCGCGGUCCUCACACCCCAAUUCGAGGGCCAAGCGACGCCCGACAUCUCCACCUGGGUCACGACCAUCUCAUCCGAGAUCGACCAGCUGCCCGUCUGGUCCGACUUCACGCUCGACCAGCUCUCGCCCGUGCACUUCACCGUCGCGAAGCGGACGAAUGCGGGGAGCAAGGCGAGCUUCCUGCGGAACGCGGGCUUUGGGGACAAGGCGGCGGGCGUGGGCUACGUGGGCGGGGCGACGAAUGGGGGCGUCGUGUUUGCGCUGAAGGACUUCUGGCAGGGCGCACCGAGAGGGCUUGAUAUUAGGAAUGCCGGAGAUAGCACGGGCACUGUUACGCUUUGGGCGUAUAGUCCGAGGGCACAAGCUAUGGAUAUGAGGCACUACGACACCGUUGCUCAUGGCCUUGACCUCACUUACGAAGACGUGGGUGACCCAGACCCCAACCCUAUUGGUGUUGGUCGUUCCUACGAUAUUACCCUACAAGUGGUACCUUCCACUCCAUCCCGUUCAGAUCUCGCUGCAUUUGCUUCAAUUAUCGCUCAAACUCCACAAGUCAUCGCUUCUCCUGAAUUCUACGUAUCCCGCCAUUUGAACGUACCAGACAAAUCAACUAGCGGGGCCAACGCUAUCGAGAAACAAAAGAGUGAUCUCCUAGACUUUUAUGUUGCCGAGGUGUCUCAGAGACAAUUCUAUGGAUUCUGGGACUAUGGUGAUGUUAUGCAUACAUAUGAUCAGACGAGACAUACAUGGCGAUAUGAUGUCGGCGGAUUUGCAUGGGAUAAUGGCGAAAUAGCCACGGACCUCUGGUUAUGGAUGUCUUUCCUCCGGACAGGACGCGCAGACGUCUUCCGCAUGGCGUCUGCAAUGACGCGUCACCUUUCAGAGGUCGACUUCCACCACAUCGGGCCCUUCGCUGGCCUAGGCAGUCGCCACCAUGUCACUCACUGGGGAGACGGCGCCAAAGAAGCGCGCAUCACAAGCAGUACGCUGAAGCGCCCAUUCUACUACCUCACUACGGACGAGUUGAUCGGCGACAUCAUGGAGUACUCGCUUCAAGCCGACCAGACCUUGCUGAAGUGGGAGCCCUUGCGCAAAGUGUCUGCUCUGCCACCCCAAGCUCCCAGCCGUGUCCGCAUCGGGCCAGACUGGACAGCGCUGGCGGGCAACUGGUUCACGCAGUGGGAGCGGACAAACGACCCGAAAUGGAGAGAUCGUAUCAAGGUCGGCAUGACGGACAUCGCUGGGUUCAAGUACGGCUUGUUCACGGGAAGCGCUGCCGCCGUCGGAUGGUUCCCCGAUACUGCUCAUCUUGUAGACGAAGGCGGGGAGGGUACCUCAACAUACCAUCUGUCCAUGGUGUUCGGUGGCGGCGAGUUCCUCAUGGAGCUUGUCGAGACGAUUACGGACGUGCCAGGCUUUGACUCUGCAUGGGUCGACUUCUGCAAGUACUAUAAUGCGUCUAAUGCAGACCAAACCGCGCGGUACGGAAAGCCAAUGACCGCACGGACUUUCUCCUACUGGUAUGCAAAACUCCAAGCAUAUGCAGGAGAGCGGCUCAACGACGACUCGAUCAAACAAGCCGCCUGGGCUGUCCUCAACGCCAACAACAUCGGCAUUUGGCCCGCCGUCACCGAGGUCGGCGGGACCGACGUGCCCAAUCCCGUCAACGAGAUCGUUAACGUCGCCACGAACGACGCCGCAGGCCUCUCCCUCACACAAUACGCUGUGCUUGCCAUCGCGCCGCAGUUCGCGCCUAACAGCUUCAUUAGUGCGGACCUCCCCGUGCUCAGAUCCUCAGCGCACACCGCAGAAGGCGAUGAGGCGACGCUCAACGGGACCGCCACCAUCACCAGUGCCGACGAGGACGUUAAUGAAAAGCGCGGGGCCAAACUCGAAUCGAGCGCACAUGCGGUGACGUCUGGCGGGCGGAGGAAGACGAAGGCGCUGUGGAAGCGGGCGCUGUGCCUGCAGUGA